AUGAAAUUCGGGUCUCAAAGGGGCCUAUUCAAGUUAAACGACUUCCUGAAGAUAAGAGUCAAGAGUACUCAUCUAAAAGAAAGACGGAAUAAGUCUGGCAAAGUCAUUGAACGAAUCAAAUCUAUCUACGGUCUUGCCAAUAGGAAUGAUGGUUAUAAUAGCCCCCAUCCCCCCAUUGUGAGAGCGUUCGGAGCCGGAGCCAAGGACGUGCAGUUUUGGCUUGACGAAAAUCCAUCGUCGAAGCCACCGUCUGACGCUUCACCCACGGGCAAGAAGAAAGGUGGAAAGGCACCGAAGCCUCAGGGCAAGCCUGGUGCUGCUGGCGGAAAGUACAUAUCUGUUUUCGAUCAUUUCCUUACGUCACAUGGAAUUCGUAUAGACAACACAAACCUGCCAGUCGUCAAUGUCGGGAAUAGGGAAAACCCCUCGUACCUACCCGCCCAAGUCUGCUAUGUUGUACCAGGUCAGCCAGCUAAAACAAAACUUGACCCGUCCGAGACCCAGAAUAUGAUUAAGUUUGCCGUUCGUAAACCUGUAGAUAAUGCUUUAUCUAUCGUCGGAAAAGGCCUGCAGACUGCGGGACUAUCUCCCGAUACAAACCCUCUUCUGAAGCAAUACGGUAUUUCUGUGUCUCCUGACCUCAUUACCGUCCACGGUCCUGGAAACAUGGUGCCCCGUAACGCCGCGAGCCUCAAGUUCCACACUAGCACGGCAUUGGAGAAAUGGUCUUGUUUGUAUGUUGACAUGCCUGGAUACCCGAGAGCCCAGACGUUCACGUCCGAUAGUCUUAGGGAGCUUGUUCGUAAGCUUCACUUGGUGCUAAUUGACGCUGGCAUUGCUGCAAAGCAACCACUUCAGGUGCAGCGGGUUUCUUUGAGAGAUACAGAUGAUUCUGCGCUUGAAGACUUCAUUAAACAAGCAGCAUCGUCGUUGAACCUCCUUUUUAUUAUUCUACCAGCGACCCCUAUUCCACUGUACUACCGUAUUAAACAGCUCGGCGACGUCAAGUAUGGUAUUCACACCAUCUGUAGUGUCGGCAGCAAGAUUGCUAAGCCUCAGGGGCAAGAUCAAUACUUCCGCAAUUUGGCCCUGAAAGUCAAUCUAAAAUUGGGUGGUGACAACCAGGUUAUCACUCCUGCCAACUUGGGAAUAAUUGGCGAAAACAAGACGAUGGUAGUGGGUAUUGAUGUGACCCAUCCAUCCCCAGGAUCAAGCAAGGUAGCGCCAAGCGUUGCUGGUAUGGUAGCCAGCAUCGAUAACAAGCUCGGACAAUGGCCUGGUAUGCUGCGUGUCCAGAAGGGACGAGAAGAGAUGGUGAAAGACCUCAAAGACAUGCUCAAGUCACGCCUUCGUCUAUGGCGUGAGAAGGGAAAACACGCAACACUUCCAGAGAACAUUCUAGUAUAUCGCGAUGGUGUCUCUGAAGGGCAAUAUCAGAAGGUCCUCGACGAGGAGCUACCACUACUACGUGCUGCAUGUGCAGAGGUGUAUCCGCCCCCAGACCAGAAAAAGGGGCUUCCGCGUCUAACUAUGGUUGUAGUUGGAAAGCGUCAUCACACGAGAUUCUAUCCGACUAAAGAAGCCGACGCAGACCGCUCGGGCAACACCAAGCCGGGGACUGUUGUAGAUCGCGGGGUAACCGAGGCCCGCAGCUGGGAUUUCUUUUUACAAGCACACGCAGCGCUCCAGGGGACAGCGCGGCCGGGGCAUUAUUUCGUCGUGAUCGAUGAGAUCUUUCGCCAACGAUAUGGCGCUACGGGUGGCAAGUCCAAAACGCCAGGUGCUACGAAGAACGUAGCCGAUGAACUACAGGAAUUAACCCAAAGCAUGUGCUACGUGUUCGGCCGUGCUACCAAGGCUGUCAGUUACUGUACGCCUGCGUACUAUGCUGAUAUCUUGUGCGAGCGUGCUCGGAACUAUCUUCAUAAUGUGUUUGAUUCCCCGAGCAACUCAGCGGCGCCUUCCAUGGCGGGCAGUACCAGUGGAGCUGGUGCAGGUACCGGACCCUCCCAGCAGGACGUGAAGAUUCAUCCGAAGUUGGAGAAUAGUAUGUUCUACUUGUGA